CCAAUUCCAGAACGAGAAACACGCCCUAUAAAUACGAUCUCUUCUUCCUUGCAGCACUGUAAUAAAAUUACAAUUUUCAACUCACAAGCACAAGCACAAGCACGAGCACGAGCACAAACACAAAGCCUUUGCAGAAGAAUCUCCGCCAAGUAUCCGAAAUCAGACAAGGGUAGGGUUCUUACAAUCAUGAAAGCCUCUCUGAAGUUCCGCGAGGAGCACGAGAAGCCCCUCUUCAGGGCCAAGGUGCCCCUAAGCGUCUUCGGCAUGCCCUUCCAAUCCGGCGUCGUUGCGGGGGAAGCUAAAGAGCUCUCUCUCAGCCUCGCUUCGUUCUUCGACUCUGGGCCCUCCCUCAAACUCUCCUACCGCCCCAACGACUCCAAAAACCCUUUUUCUCUAACCGUAAAAACGGGAACCGGACCCUUCGGUUCCCCCCUCAGAAGCUCCAUGCUCAUGACCUGCGAAUUCUCCCUCCCCACGCGAACCGCUUCCCCGCUCUUCAUGCUCCACUUCAAGCCCCGCUUUGGCGACUUCACUUUCAAGAAGACUCAGUCCUCUGUCUUUGAUGGAAAACCCUUUGCCUCGCUAAAUCCUCAAAACGACGUCGUUCAGGACGCUCGCCACGAUUCCCCUGUCAUCGACCCUUCCUCCGCCGCCUCCAGCCUUCCGUUCCUCGACUCCGGCGCCGGGAUGUUCUCCGGCGUCGAGGUCGCCGCGCGGACCACGCUCCCCGUGCGAGGACGCGCCGCCGUCAAGUUCCGCUGGGGAGUUAGGGUUCCGGCGGAGCUCAAGGCGGGAAGCGCGUUCCGGAGUGUUCCGUUUCUCGUCAUGGACAAGAUCGGGGUUGAGCAUAUGAUGGAGUGCGCCGCCGAUUCGGAGAAGAAGCCGCCGCCGCCGCCGCCCGCGGCGGGGGNGGCGGCCCCGGGUGACGUGGCGGACGUGUGCCUGGCGGUGAAGCGGCAGAUGGAGAUUCUGCAGGCGGAGAACGGGCUGCUGCGGAGCGCCGUGGAGGAUCUCCGGCGGGAAAUCGUCGGCGUGCGAAGCGGAGGGUCGGAGUUUGGUGAGGGGAGAAACGGUGGCGCGAGGAAGGGCGAGAAGAAAACGACGUCGGAUUAUGGCGGUUUUAAUAAGUCGACGGAGGUUGAAGCGAGUGAGGAGUUGAAGAAAGCGUUGAUGGGAGGUGGUGGUGCUAGUAAUUUGAGUUCGUCCAAACGGAAUGCAAAUAAGAGUUAAUUGCGUUGAAUUGUGAAGAAUUUUUUCUCUUUUUUUUUGGGGGGGUUGAGGUUCAAUUGUGUUUUUUCUCUGUCGCAAUUUCUAGUUUCAGUUUUGAUGUUGCGAGUUUUUCUUCUUUGGUUUAUAUAUAUGUGUUAUGAUAUGAUGAUGAUAUAUGGGUUGGUUCGUCAAGGCAUGUUGUUGGAUUCAGUUUUGAAGUUAUGAAUGGAGGAUUAUGAGAAUAAGCAGAUUGAGAUUUUUAGUGGUUGGUUGGGUCGGUGUUUUGGUGUAGAUUGGCUAAUUAAUUUUUCACUGGAAAGGGAAUUCGUUCAUUUUAAUGUAUCUAUUCAUUUUGAUUCAUGUUAGGAAGUUCAACAUUGCAAGAUUACAACGCAAGGGGAGAACCUUUUUGUU